CAAAGCUGCCUGCGAGUUAAGGCGCUGUUGUGCGACGCUUUAUCAGAGAAGUUAACGCUUCUAAGUGGAACCGAUGUCCAUGAAGCCCUUUUCUUGAUAGACAUACACACCCAAAUUAAAAAAAAGGAUUUAGAUAUUGCCAAAGAUGGAUGACAUUGAUGCUAUGUUCAGUGACCUGCUUGGGGAGAUGGAUCUCCUCUCACAGAGUCUCGGGGUGGACACACUGCCUCCAGCAUCACCCCCCAGCUCCAACAAAGAAGUCAACUUCUCCGUCGGCUUCACGGACCUGAAUGAGUCCCUAAAUGAACUGGAGGACCAUGACUUGGAUGCGCUCAUGGCCGACCUGGUGGCUGACCUCAAUGCAACAGAGGAGAAGCUGGGGGCACAAAUGGGGAAUUUGAAAGAACCCUCACCGUCCACCUCAGGCCUCCCACCGCCCACACCGCAGAACUUGCCCUUCUUCCCUGCCCCCUCCUUCACUUCCUCUACGUCAUCUGAGAGCAGCGGCGGCAGCAAAGUUAGCACUCCAGCCUCCAACUCAACAUCCCCAACACCAGCUCCACCUCCACAGGGAACUAAGCCCUCAAUGGAGGAAAUCGAGGCGCAGGUCAAGGCAGAUAAAAUCAAGCUUGCGCUUGAGAAGCUGAAGGAAGCCAAAGUUAAAAAGCUAGUGGUGAAGGUGCUGAUGAACGACGGCAGCUCCAAGACCCUGAUGGUCGAUGAGCGGCAGACUGUUAGAGAUGUCCUGGAUAACCUGUUUGAGAAGACCCACUGCGACUGCAACGUCACCUGGUGCUUGUGCGAGACCAACUCCGAUCUUCAACUCGAAAGGGGGUUUGAGGACCAUGAAAACCUCGUGGAGCCACUCUCAGCAUGGAUGAGGGACAGUGAAAACAAACUCCUCUUCCAAGAGAGGGAAGACAAAUACCAGGUUUUCAAAAACCCUCAGAACUUCUACCUGUGGAAAAAGGAUAAGAAAACUCUCAAAGACAUUAAGGAGAGAGACAAAGAGUUACUAGUAGAGGAGAACUUCAGUGGGACCUCCAUCAUCGUUCCAGACCUGGAGGGGGUGCUCUACCUAAAAGAAGAUGGCAAGAAGUCCUGGAAACAGCGGCUCUUCCUGCUGAGGGCCUCUGGAAUUUAUUAUGUACCCAAAGGGAAGAGCAAGACAUCACGUGAUCUGGUAUGUUUUAUCCAGUUUGACAACGUGAAUGUGUACUACGGCAAAGACCUGAAGAGUAAAUACAAGGCCCCAACAGACUUCUGCUUUGUUUUGAAGCAUCCACAGAUCCAGAAAGAGUCCCAGUAUAUCAAGUACCUGUGCUGUGACGAUGCCUGGACCAUGACCCUCUGGGUGACUGGGAUACGGAUAGCCAAGUAUGGUGUGGCCAUGUAUACAAACUACAAAACAGCCAUGAAGAAGGCGGCUGUCAACUCUGCGUGGACGAACCGCAGCACUCCCUCAAGCUCCAGUCCAUCAACACCUUCACCCACCAUCAAAGCAAAAGCACCCAGCCAGGCAAACGGACAUGCUACAAAGCCCCAACCAGGAGCUGUAUCUCAGGACUUUGGCAGCGACUCUUCUCUGCCACCCCCACCACCCCCACCCCCCAUGCCACAAACCCACACCUUCCCCCAACCUCCUUCCGACCACUUUCUGCCUCCUCCACCUCUGGCCCUAGCGGCUAAAGGCAACUCGCUUCGCCCUGUCACUCCCCCGCGACACCUGCCGACAACCUUCCCUCCACCACUGGCGGUCGCGGAUAGCUUCCCACCUCCUCCGCCUCCAGCACCCAUCGAUGACAUGGCAGAGGCCCCGCCGGAUUUCCUCCCCCCUCCUCCCCCAGGUCCUGGUUUUAGUUCACUGCCCCCUCCACCGCCCCCGAUGACCUCGGCAGCUGGUUUUGACUCAUCUUUACCUCCUCCGCCACCGGACCCCGGCUUCUUCCCUCCGCCCCAAGGGAUCUUUGUUGGGGGCACAGGAGCACCUCCUCCGCCACCACCUCCUCCGCCUCCCCUCGUCAGAGCCCCGCAGGCACCAGUGCAGCCUUCGCACUUAGAGAGGAAGACAGCCCCGGCUCCACCUAAGAGGACUACACCAAUCCAAAACGCUGCAGGCAGAGGGAGUGGAGGUGAAGGAGGAGGGGACUUCAUGUUAGAAUUGAUGAAAGCCAUGCAGAAAAAACGUAGUGAUCAGUAGCCCGAGU